AUGUGGCAGAAAAUUGUUUUGCCGUCUCCAGUGACAUGGAUCCUGGCCAGAGAGGCAUCAAAGAAAGCUGGAACCAGUUCAAAGAACUUAGGAGGAAAAAGUCCAGGCAGGAGAUAUGGAUACAAGAAAUUAGAUGGUGAGUUUGUUCAUGCCGGAAACAUUCUUGCUACCCAGAGAGUAAUGCGUUGGCACCCAGGGUCCCAGGUGGGAAUUGGACGUAACAAAUCAUUGUUUGCAUUGGAGGAUGGAAUUGUCCGUUACACAAAAGAAGUCUAUAUACCACACCCUCGCAGCAGUGACUCCAGGGAUGUCAUCUGCAAACUGCCUUUUGGUGCAGUUCUGUACAAAACCUUCAUUAAUGUAAUUCCUAAACCAAAACAACAUAGUUUUAAACUUGUGGACAUGAUGUAACAAGUCAUUGUAUUGUAAAUAACUUUAUUACAUUUUUCUGUUGUAUAAUAAAUUAUGCUCAAUCUUC